CUUGCUUAGGUGGGCCGCUGACGGUUCAACUCCGCUUGAAUCUGCCGAGCUCGCCGAGGGGUAUAGACUCGAGUACACCUAAAGUCCAUACUUUAUUACUUAAAAGGUUAUACCUGGCCAGACCCAGAAUCCUGACAUUCAAGUAUGAAUGCCAAAAGCGCUAUUUCCUCCUUACCUGCAUCUACUCGCUGUAUAACGAUUCCCGAGCUGCGAUGGAUAAUCAUCGACCUAGUCCAGGAAAUUAAUACACUCAUGGCGCUCGCCUUGACAUGCAAGUCAUUCAGUGGACCUGCGCUGGACAUUCUGUGGCGACAUCUGGAUGGGUUUGAACGACUUAUCAAAUGUCUGCCACAAAGCUUAUGGAAACGGGACAAGAACAAGCUAGAGUUUCAAAGAACCAUGACCCUCGAUGACUGGGCCAUUUUUUGCAAAUAUAACUAUCGUGUCCGUUCACUGGUUCAUCGAUGUCAUGUGCCGUCAUACAUACAUACCGAGAUGGUCUGUGGGACUGAAAUUUGGCGUGCCCUCAGCUGUCCCCCCUUCUCCCUUCCCCUACUCCCCAACUUGACGUUCCUUACCUGGACUAAGGCUAGCGACGAGACAUUCCAGUAUAUUCAAUUGUUUGUAACCUCACAGUUGACGGAGCUCGAUAUCCAAUUUUCCGGGUUGCGCUACGAUCCAUCUUUCACGUUUGGUCCACCCCAACAGUCCAUCUUGUCGUCUAUCGCAAAAUCGUGUCCUUCUCUCUCGUAUUUCGAUUUCCAAGAAGAAUAUAGCUCAACAACAUCAGUCGGAGACACGUCGACCGUGUUGCAAUUCUGGUCUCAUCUAACAUGGGUGAGGGUUGGAAUAGUGUCCGAGGCAGCGAUACUACACCUGUCCGAUCUACCAUCACUCGAAGUUCUGACAUUUACAUUACCUUCAGUUCUUAUAUCUGCCGAUACACAAAAGCUGUUGCAGCGGCCUGUGUUCCGUGCGUUACAAGAGCUGGACGUAACAUGCAAAAGUCUAGUCAACUUGGCGACUUUUUUGGAGAAAAUUACUAUUGCUCCAGCAGUCUUAUCCUUUACAACCACUCGUGGAGUGGAUUUCGCGCAGGCCCUGCCAGAUCUGAUUUCUCGUCUAUCCAAUGCCUGUACACAUAGCUCACUACAAGAGCUGCAGUUGAACAUUCGAGUUGAUCAUCAGCUUGCUGAUCCCGACGCUUCAAUCGAAGCUGCGUCCUUUCAACCACUCUUUGCCUUUCGCAAUCUUCUCGAUUUCGGCUUGAAAGUGGAUAGCCUAUGUGUUGUGCGAAUGGAUGAUGCUUCCCUUUUGCAGAUGGCUAAAGCCUGGCCCAUCCUGGAAAAUUUAUCCAUUACUGGAUACUCCCGUUCAAGUCAUCAAGUCACCCCGCAUGCCUUCGUCUUGCUGUUGUGGCAUUGCCCGCGUUUAAUCUCAGUUGGCAUUCCGGUAAACUGGUCCGUGAUAGAAAUGCAUCCCAUACCCCGUGAAAUUCCUUACCAAGGAUUUUCUCACAAAGCACUAUCCCACUCGGUCUUUGGAGGUUCGAAGAUCAGCGAUCCGAUAUCAAUUGCUGCUUUUAUAUCAGCUAUCGCACCCAAUCUAAAAUCAAUUGUGGGAGAUGACGACUAUCUCCGUGAUGAUGACAACCACCAAGGCUGGGAGAUGGUUCAGAAUCUGGUCACGACUCUCCCCAUUAUCCGUGAGCAGGGCAUGAGAGUGAUGCAUGGGAUAAUACAGGCACCGUGUUCAUAUGGCUACCGCAGGGGCAGUGCAGCAGGGGGGCCAACAAUGAAGAAGCCAGUGUUGGUAGUGAUGUUGGUGCUUCCAGGAAGAUGGCGGAAGUGAGGGCAACUCGGAAUACUAUGUAUAUAGACCUUUCCGAGUCUAUCUCAAUUUUUUCCCCUGACCAGUCACUACUCAGAGUAUAUCAACGGAUCUCCUUCCAAUCCAUGCCUCACAAUUUUACAACAGGACUACGUACGCCACGGUCAUGGUCCUGAAUGCCUGGUAUGCUAUAGUAUACAGAUACAGAACGAUCAACUUUUCGGAUACAGCCUCACUUUUUACUUGCAGUAUCACCAUGUUUCUCGCCAGUUUCGUGUAUCCCCACAAGUCGUUCGCCGGCAUUGUUUGAAGCUUACAUUAGUGUAUACAAUCCGAUUGAUGAGAUUCCAGUUUACGGAUUCACUGGGACGCAAACUUGAUGUGAGCGUCGUCUUCCCGAGUACAGCUAG